UCUUCAACAGAUUUCCCUCAUUUCUCCUAUAAAUACUCCAUUCCCAUGUCGUCUUUACUUCACCACCUCCGUUUUUCAUCACCCCUUUUCCCUUUUUUCCAUUCCUCUCUCUUACUCCGUUCCUCUUUUUUUUCCCCUCUUCGUGCUUCUUCUUCUUCUUCUUCUUCUUCUUCUUCGUUUUCCUCUUCUUGUUCUUCAACUGCUGAUUUCUCGAGGGAGUUGCUUCCAGUUGCGUCGCCGGUGCUUAGGAAGAGAUUACAAGACAACAACAACAACAACAUGACGGUUGGUGCUGGAAUUACUAUAUCCGACGCCAAUUUGACGGUGUUGGGAAAUCGUGUUUUAUCUGAUGUUCAUAAUAACAUUACUCUCACGGCAGCGCCGGGAGGUGGUGUGAUGAACGGCGCCUUCAUAGGAGUUCAAUCUGAUCAGAUCGGUAGUCGCCGAGUUUUUCCUAUUGGGAAAUUGAUAGGGUUGAGGUUCUUAUGUGCUUUUCGAUUCAAAUUAUGGUGGAUGACUCAAAGAAUGGGGUGUUCUGGUCAAGAAAUUCCAUUCGAGACACAAUUUCUUGUGGUGGAAACACGUGAUGGUUCUAACAUUGCCGGAAAUGGAGAGGAAGGCGAUGCCGUUUAUACUGUUUUUCUUCCUAUUCUUGAAGGCGAUUUCAGAGCUGUUCUUCAAGGGAAUGAUAACAAUGAACUUGAAAUCUGUUUAGAAAGCGGAGAUCCAAGUGUAGAUGGGUUUGAGGGUAGCCAUUUGGUGUUUGUGGGUGCUGGAUCAGAUCCUUUUGAAACCAUUACUUAUGCAGUCAAGUCCGUUGAGAAGCAUUUGCAAACUUUUGCUCAUCGUGAAAGAAAAAAGAUGCCUGAUAUUUUGAACUGGUUCGGCUGGUGCACCUGGGAUGCUUUCUACACUGAUGUCACUUCAGAUGGCGUCAAGAAGGGUCUUGAAAGCUUUGAGAAUGGAGGAAUUCCUCCCAAGUUUGUCAUUAUCGAUGAUGGAUGGCAAUCAGUUGCUAAGGAUGCUGCUAGUACUGAUUGCAAAGCUGAUAACACAGCAAACUUUGCAAACAGGUUAACACACAUAAAAGAGAAUUACAAAUUUCAAAAAGAUGGCAAAGAGGGUGAAAGAAUUGAGAACCCUGCACUUGGUCUUCAACACAUUGUGUCCUACAUGAAAGAGAAGCAUGCGACGAAGUAUGUUUAUGUUUGGCAUGCCAUAACAGGCUACUGGGGUGGUGUGAGUUCUGGAGUUAAAGAGAUGGAACAAUAUGAGUCCAAGAUUGCGUACCCGGUUGCAUCUCCUGGGGUCGAAUCAAACGAGCCAUGUGAUGCUUUGAAUAGCAUCAGCAAAACUGGACUUGGCCUAGUGAACCCUGAAAAAGUUUUCAACUUUUACAAUGAACAACACUCGUAUCUUGCAUCUGCUGGUGUCGAUGGAGUUAAAGUUGAUGUUCAAAACAUUCUUGAGACGCUUGGAGCAGGUCAUGGUGGAAGAGUUAAACUUGCUAGAAAAUACCAUCAGGCUCUUGAGGCAUCAAUUUCUCGAAAUUUUCAAGAUAACGGAAUCAUUUCGUGUAUGAGUCAUAAUACCGACGGUUUAUACAGUUCAAAGAGGAAUGCUGUUAUUCGAGCUUCCGACGAUUUUUGGCCUAGAGAUCCAGCAUCUCACACGAUUCAUAUAGCAUCAGUUGCUUACAACUCCUUAUUUCUUGGGGAGUUUAUGCAGCCAGAUUGGGAUAUGUUUCAUAGUCUUCAUCCUAUGGCCGAAUAUCAUGGAGCAGCUCGUGCCGUGGGAGGAUGUGCUAUAUAUGUCAGUGACAAGCCUGGUCAACAUGACUUCAAUCUUUUGAAGAAGCUUGUGCUCCAUGAUGGUUCUAUUCUGAGAGCUAAGCUCCCCGGACGACCGACAAAGGACUGCCUAUUUGCGGAUCCUGCUAGAGAUGGAAAAAGUCUAUUGAAGAUUUGGAAUAUGAAUGAUCUUUCUGGAGUUGUUGGGGUCUUUAACUGCCAAGGAGCAGGAUGGUGUAAGGUUGGAAAGAAAAACCUCAUUCAUGACGAGAAUCCCGACACAAUCACAGGGGUUAUUCGAGCUAAGGAUGUUAGUUAUCUAUGGAAGAUUGCAGGCGAGUCCUGGACAGGGGAUGCAGUGAUAUUCUCCCAUCUUGCUGGAGAAGUUGUUUACCUACCACAAGAUGCAUCGAUGCCAAUAACCUUGAAAUCUCGAGAGUUCGAUGUCUUCACAGUUGUUCCUGUCAAGGAACUAGCUAAUGACAUCAAAUUUGCUCCUAUAGGUUUGAUGAAGAUGUUCAACUCUGGAGGAGCUGUGAAAGAAAUGAACCAUCAACCUGGAAGUUCAAACGUGUCACUGAAAGUUCGGGGUUCCGGGCCAUUCGGGGCAUAUUCCUCGAGCAAACCGAAGCGUGUAGCAGUGGACUCGGAGGAGGUAGAGUUCAUAUAUGAUGAGGGUGGUUUAAUCACCAUUGACUUGAAGGUACCAGAGAAAGAGUUGUAUCUUUGGGACAUAAGAAUUGAACUAUGAGAACAAAAUUGAAAAAACAAUGAUUCUUUUCUUGAAUAUUUCUAAGAAUUUGGAUGGAUGGGAAAUAUUCUUUUCUUUAUGAUUUUUUUUCCCAUUAUGUAACUCCUUUUGUAAACCCAUUUAAGAAUGGGAAUAAAGUCAUUUUAAUAAAAUUAAACAACAACAUAUUUAGUUCUUGAUCUAA